CAGAGUAUGCAUUUUAUUUUUAAAACUUAUAAAAAAUCAAAAAGGCUCAAGUGCCUUUUGUAUAAUUAAUUAAUCGAUUAUCGACCCCAAAUGUCAGCAGUGAAACGAGAUACCUAAUUGUAUGGGCAGGCUGCUUACUCAAGAAUUACCGCUUGUUCCAUAAUCUGGAGUCUUAGUAAAUAUUGUAAAAUAGUUGAUAAUGCAUCGGUGUAAAGGGCAGAAUUUAUUUCAUGCUUGCAAAGAAUUAUCAGCGAAAAUGUUCUUUUUCUUUCAAACUGAACCAGCGUACGAAGGCAUGCGACAGUUAGUAUCGUCCCACGAAGUUCCCGUUGGAUAAAGUCAACCGCCUACUCUGUAAGAUAUUAUUCGGCGCAACGAACGUUAGUUGACUAUUUUAUUUCAUUUUUUUCCAAAUAAUAUAGGUAAGUACGUUGGAUGUUUACGAAAGUCACACUGGUUUAUUUAUGGUGCAUGCAAAAUUAUAGAUCGACUAACAUCACGCAACAAUUGAUUUCCAAUUAUGCAUGUACAUACAUACACACACAAUGAUGACGAAAGGUCCGAUUGCCGCUGUACGUUUAAUACAUAUUAUCAAUUAUUAUUAUUAUUACUAUUACUAUUAUUCUUAUUGGUAUUAUUAUUAUUAUUAUUGUUGUUGUUGCUAUCAUAAUUAUCAUUUUCAUUAUUAAAAUCAUGAUCACCAGCCUUCUCAUCGUCACCAUCAUCAUCUUAAUUACUGUUAUUAAUAUUGAUAUUAUUAUUACUAUUGUUAUUAUUAUUAUGAUUAUAAAUGGUAUUAUUAUUAUCCUCAUAAACUUAUUGUUAUCAAACUAGUGAGGACGAGUGAGUUUUUUUUUUUGUCGAGCAACUUCUUGAAAAGUGAAAAAAAAACAUUGGAUAAUGAAUGAAAUAAUAAAAUAUCCAUGUAUAUGUAUAUAUAUGUACAUACUGCAUCAUGGAUACAUACUUAUACAUGUGUAUGUGUAUAUACCUAUGUACAUCGCUAGGUAAAUUAUUAUGUUACCACUUAACGAACUGUUAUUGGAAAUAAUAUGGUGAAUUUUUAAGUAUAAGUCAACGAAUUGAAGUGUAACUAAUUACUUGUAACGUAAUAACGACUUAAGUGCUUGACAUAUUAUACGUAUAAAAUAUCGUUUCUUGUAUAAUAUUGUACGAGAGAGUGAAGUAUACAUAUAUAUAUACUUAUAUACAUAUAUAUCACCAUAGACAUAUAUAUGUAUAUAUAUAAAUAUAAAUAUUUAGUUAUCUAUAGUUAUAAAUAAAUCGUAAUGAGAAGAGAAGAAAGGAUCGCGUCGCAGAGCAUCGUAUGAAAAUCCUUCCAGAGAUCUUGUGAAAAAAGAGUCAAGUUAAUACAAUAGAGCUGCUAUUCCUUCAUAAAAUUCGAAUUUCGAAAAUUGCCGGGGGGUCGAGUUUAACCCCUUAUCGGAUAGAGGGCGGUUCGCACCCUAUUUUUUAAGGGCGCAGUACGCCUUGAACAUUGCGACGGUUGUUUGAAUAAAACGAAGGGUGUUCGCCCCCCGACCGUCAGAUAGCGCGGGCGCCGUAUACAUCCGCAGAAUCAAAAAAGACAGCUGGGAAAUGUAACAUCACGCAUCGAUUUGGUGGAUGGUGGGUAGCGGUAGCCCUUUGCUGGCGUCUGAAAAGUUUCUCCCGUGUUUCCCCCAAAGUUUAUCAAUAAAACCGUGUAUGAAUAAUUUCCGUGUAGUGUCGAAGUGUUGACGGUGAUCGCUAGGCGUGUUUAUUUAAAAAAAACGGUUAAAAUAAGUGCGCGAUAUAACGUUCAAAAACGGGCAAAGUAAUAUCUAAUUUAUAUCGGUCGACAUGCCGUUCCUCUCGUGACAGCGGCAGCGAGCCCCUUUCACCCUCGACGACCCGCUCCGGUUCGUCGACCAUUCCGAAUUUCCCGACGACGAACCCCCCCUUCAGACACGAAUCGCCGUUCUUUUGGGUUCACAACAAUGGUGUGAUUCACCUCUCGUUUCUUAUAUCCGCGGAGGCUCAAGGGAUACAGAGCGGAUUAUAAAAAAUAAGGAGAAAGAAUCAGGCGCCCCUGGAUGUUGACGCUAUUGGAUAUUAUUGCUGCAUUGCGGUCGGCGACGCUGCGGCAGCGUCGUGGGGAUCCGGCUAACGAAAUUUCCCAUUAGCUGCGGUGAUCGUGGAGGAAAAUCAUAUCGAGGGGACCCACGGUGCACGUAAGAUCCUGGCGGAAAGAAGUGCGGAGAUAGAUAUUAAGAGAGAAAGAGAGAGAGAGAGAGAGAAACGAAUACCGUUGGUUUACGCGGUUUGGGGAAAACAGGGUCUGCGAAACGAAGGAGGAGGAGGAGGAGGAGCGGGUGUACCGCGAGCCGCUGACCCGGAGUCACCCCUUUAUCGUCUACCGGACGAUCCGGCAUCGGGAGGAGGGGAAGAAAAAAAGAAGAAAAGAAAAAAAAACAAAAACCCCCAACAAGAAGAUAAACAACGCAGUUUCGGAUCGAGAUACGAAGAUCGGAAUAUAUAUCAGCCUCGUUAUGUCGGCGUUCGUUCGGACGACCCUUACUGAAAAUUACGCGACCGAGUGACCGCAGCGCGAGUUGACCACGCGAGUGCAGUGCGUCUUCUGUUUGUAUAUAGUGGUAGAAGUAUCAUCGGAUAAAAUUGUGUCACCUGUAAAACCAGACAAUCGUACAGCUAUGCCAACGUACGCGAGUGUCGCCGUGCACCUGGCGAUGGUCCUUGCCGUCGCUAUGCCCGGUGUAACGUUAGCGGCAUGGCAAGAGAAUGUCAGGCCCAAGAUGUACGUCCAACUCGGUGCCGAGGACGUUUUCAGGUUUACGGGAAACGAGACGCACACCGAUUAUUUCCGGCUGGUUCUGAGAGACGGAAAUUUUCUCCUGGUGGGAGGAAGAAAUCUGGUGCACAACUUGAGCCUGACGGAUCUCACGGAACAACAACGUCUGACGUGGUACUCGCCUGAGACGGACAUAAAAAUGUGCCUCGUCAAGGGCAAGGACGAGGAGAAGUGUCAGAACUACGUCAGGAUUCUGGCCCAGACGGGACCCGGUAAUCUACUGGUCUGCGCCACGAACGCCUUCAAACCGGUGUGCAGGGAUUAUCUGGUACACGCGGGAAACUACACCGUGGCAAAGGAGAAGCCGGGUCAAGCGUUGUGCCCCUACGACCCGCAGCACAACAGCACCUUCGUCUACGUCGACGGUGAAUUGUACACGGGAACCGUAGCCGACUUCUCCGGAACGGACCCCAUCAUAUACAGGAACCCCCUGCAGACGGAGCAGUACGACUCCAUGAGCCUCAACGCGCCAAAUUUCGUCAGUUCCAUGACUCAGGGGGACUUCGUUUACUUCUUUUUCCGGGAAACUGCGGUGGAAUACAUCAACUGCGGCAAGGCUGUUUACUCUCGCGUGGCGCGAGUCUGCAAGUACGAUCACGGCGGACCGCACAGAUUCAGGAAUCGUUGGACUUCGUUUCUAAAAUCCAGAUUGAACUGUUCCGUGACCGGCGACUUUCCCUUCUACUUCAACGAGAUUCAGUCCACGACCGAAUUGAUAUCGGGUCAAUACGGCGGAGUAUCCGCGCAGCUGAUAUACGGUACGUUCACCACCCCGGUGAACAGCAUUAGCGGAUCGGCCGUAUGCGCGUUCUCGCUGCAGGACAUAGCCGACACGUUCGAGGGGAAUUUCAAGGAGCAGAGCGCCCUCAAUUCCAACUGGCUUCCCGUCCAGAGCACCAAAGUACCCGACCCGAGACCCGGCCAGUGCGUGAACGACUCACGCACCCUGCCAGAUCUCACUCUGAACUUCAUCAAGAGCCAUUCGUUGAUGGACGAAUCGGUGCCGAGUUUCUUCGGUCAGCCGAUCGUCAUACGAACGAGUUUUCACUACCGGUUUACGCAAAUUGCGGUGGACCCUCAGGUGAAAACACCCGGCGGUAAAACUUACGACGUCCUGUUUAUCGGCACCGACAACGGCAAAGUAAUAAAAGCCGUGAACGCCGAAUCCGCCGAUAGCCACCAACGGGUCAGUCCGGUCGUAAUCGAAGAGAUCCAGGCUUUCCCGGCGACCGUACCCGUGCGCGGUAUCAAGGUAGUCCGGGCCAGCCAGGCCGGCGACGGCCUCGAAGAUGGGCGUCUCGUCGUUAUCGCCGAUGGGCAGGUACAGGCGUUGAGGUUGCACAGGUGCUACAGUGACAGGAUUUUGUCGUGCGGCGAGUGCGUGGCUCUCCAGGAUCCCUACUGCGCCUGGGACAAGAUCGAAGGGAGAUGUAGAGCCCUCGUGGGACCCGCGGCUACCGACGCCACCAGAUUCCUUCAGAGCGUCGCCAGCGGAUUACACGCGUCCUGUCCGCCGAGCAAAUCUUUGAACAAGGACGCCGGUAGCGUGGGCGCUAUAUCGGCCAACCAGAACAAAUUCCCUCAGGAUUCGAUGAUACCGAACAAGGAGAGCCAGGGGGGAGAGAUCAUCAAUAUUAUGCAGGACGAGGAGCAACAAAAUUCCGGUCCCGCAGUGUCAGCCGCCGAUUCACCGCCUCCCCAGUACUCCGUGGAAACGUUGGUGAUGGCCGUGGUCGCCGGAGCGCUAGCGGCUCUGCUCGGGGGUUUCGUCGCCGGGUAUCUCUGCGGGAGAAAAUGCAGGAAAGACGAGGACGACAAUCUGCCGUAUCCCGAUACGGAGUACGAAUACUUCGAGCAGCGGCAAACCGUGAACAGCAGGCUAGCGCCCGAGCCGAAACUGCUUCCUCAGGAGGAGGUGACGUAUGCCGAGCCGGUGCUGGUGCCCCAGCCCCCGAAGCUCCACUCUCCGAAGGGUACGAUGCGCAAGCCACCGCCCACACCCGCGGAGACGCUCUUCCAGUUUCCGGACGGUUACGGCUACAGGGGACCCCGCGACAACUUCGGCACGUUACGAUCGCAUCAGGGUGACGCCUACCGUCGUACGGACGGAUUCGCGACGACGAGAAGCGUCAAGAAAGUUUAUCUCUGAGAAAUGAGCGAGGAGGGAGGAGGUGGCCGUCACCGAAGUCUCGGUAGGCCAGCGCGGAACCGUCACGUCGGUGCAGCUGGCAGAAGUCGUGCCGCGUCGGGAGGAGGUCAAUCAACCAGAGAGCUGGCGGGUCCCAGGGCGCUCGAGUCGCCCUCGCCGCCUUCCAGCGUCUCGUCGAGUUCGCCCUCUCCCCCUUCCUCCUCGCCAUCGCCGACCCUCGUCACAAUACCUAUGGGAGGAGUAGGUGGCGGAGGCAGCGUGGGUCUCGGCGGUCCAGGCGGAGGCGGUUCUACCCCUCCGCCGCCGCCGCCCCGCACACCCCCCUGCAGUUUCAUAUACCGGUCAUAGUGUCCGUCGGUUGGUUACGAUGUAACUCGUAUAAUUAGGUAAAAUUCCCGACAAACGCGCGCGCGUGGCCCCCUCUCGUUCGUAAUACCGAGCGGGAAACAGUUACCAGAAACAGUGUGCCCAGGCACCCCCGAUAUCCGAACGAAAAAGAAACAAAAGGGAGUGUGGAAAAUUUGUGAGAAUUAGGCGAAGCGGACAGCGCUCCGUACCUUACGCAACGCGGUGUUUCCCAGGGAAUACGAGACGUGACAAGUUAUAUAUAUUCGAAAAAUCGGCGCCGUCAAUUGCAGUAUUAUUAUCCGUCGAAUACUGAAAGCUAGUCGUCAGUUUCGUAUCAAUGACUGCAAUUCGCGCACUAUAUGAAAAGUGCCAGUUUUCUUAAUAACCUUUAAGUAUAAGCGUCACCGUACGGUAGUAGUGUCAAAUAGUUUAGUUCAUCGAUACCUACAGCCUGACUUCAUCUGCCUACGUCGCGGUGUCUCUUUCGAUUCGGAUAACCCUUUUUUCACCAUCCGCUACUCCGAAAUCCGAUCCGGAGGUUCGUCCCGUUAUCGUUGUUCGCCAGAAACUACCAAUUCACCCGGUUCGCCGCAAAUAUCUGACGCAAAAUUUGGCGGUUCUUCAUAAUCCCGGUUAGCUGGGCGGUAUUUUGCUGAAUUCCCGAGCUCGUCGAGAGGAUGAGCGGAGAAAGAGGGGGGGUGGUGCGAUAAACGGAUAAUCGGCGAGAAAGAGACGGGGGACGUAGAUUUUAGAGGCACUGUGGUUGUACUCAUAAAUACAUGCAUACAUACACACAUGAUAGGUAGUAUGUACACUGUACAUACCUGACGCGUAUUAUAAUAAUAAUACUAGUAAUUAUAUUGAUAAUAUAAAUUAUAAUGAUAAUAGUUACGAAUAAGAUAACAAAAAUAACAAUAAUAAUGAAUCGCAUACAGCAGCAGUAGAGAGUAAAUCGGUGUGUUAUCGGAUUGUGAAAAGAGAUGAUACGAAGGUGAAAAAAGUUGGUGUAUAGAAUCUGAUCGUUUGUCUCGAGCCCGAUGGUGUAUCGUGACAUCUGUCUUAAAGUGCUUCUUAUUUCGGUGUGUUUAGAAGUAACGCGUAUGUGAUAUAAUAUACUAUAUGACGAGAUGUUUUCUAUUAGGCGAUGGAUCAACGGGUUUAAGAGAAUUUGCGCCAGAGUCCUCACUUCCGACGUGCAGCAGGUCACUUGUCGGCCGUUUUUUAUAUUUCUUUCUCCGAGUCGGACCUUCUUUUAUUACCUGACUGUUUGUACUAUACGAAUUACCCCUCAAAUCGAUACCAAUUCUGCAUUUUGUACAACCGUGACGUUCAAGACUCACCGUGCAGGUACAUGGAAACGAUAAUAAUUCGUGCUGCGACUGAUGUAAAUUUCAAUCUUACACGCGUGUCGGAAUAAAGUGAUUACUGGCGAUGAGUAGAAUUCGACAUUCAAAACGAAGGGAGAAAUACAAACAAUUAGUAGAGAUUGUUAUUUUAAUUACGUUCGAAUUCGAAUCACAGCACCGACUCUGAUACAGGAAAAUAAUCGAUCUUCAGACCAGCUGGACCACACGCGAUUUUUAACCCCCGCUUGAAAUUCCUCACCGACUGAAACGGAAGUAUUUCAAAGUCAGAUAGGAGAGAAGAAGUUCUGAAUACUUCCAUAGGAGUGAAAGCGUGUGAUAUAUCCAUCGUGCGUAUCAUCGAUAUCAUCGAUAUCGAUCGGCGAUCGUGAACGGAGAGCCAUGAGCUUCGGGUGAAUGAACCGACUAUCGGGAUGCCUGUUAGCAGCCCAUGUUUUUUUUUCUACAAACGGUGAAUUGUUAAUUGAUUGAAAUCAGACCGCGGCCAAUUACUGUAGGUAUAAAAGGCUUUUCGAAGGCCGGAACGCAAAGACUGACUGUAAAAGAUCCUGCUAUGGCGAUCGAGUCCCCUCGAUUUAAAUUCGUUUGUCGUUUUCCAGGCGUUGUGCGAUUGGUGAAAAAAACAAAACCACACAAAAAAAAAAAAAAAAAAUACAAAAGAAUAGAGCUGAGGUCUUUAUAAAUUUUUCAUUACCGACAGUACAAAUUUUUGCAUCAUUUUACUCGUUGCAUGAGUUCGUUUUCUAAACUUACGGGCGAAACAUUCCUGGAUGGUAAUUCCAUUCUCGUUGCCACAUUACGAAUCACAAUAACGAUAAUUCUUCAUUAGGGAUAUCGACUAGACAUUACCUAUAUUAUACACUUGUCAAAUAGUACAGAACAAUUAUUAUUUCUCAGUCCUAUUUCUAAUUUACUUUUACUACGCGAGUGGCUCAACGAUCCUUUUUAUGAGUGGCGUGUUAACCCUUAUACAUGUGUACGUAUUCGAUUACUCUGCACCGACGAUUACUAGACUGUUGAAGACUAUAUGCGGAUAUUCCGCGAUUUUUUAAAACUGCCAAUCAAUAUUGCGAUUCGUUUGAAAAUCAACCUUUUUUGAUUUCUGUCUUGUUUGUUUUUUUUUUCAUUUUUAUUUUUAAUACGUUUUUCGUCUAUCUUAAGUUUUUACAUAGAGCUGACUGGUCCCGCUGUAUUAUAUUGUAUACUCGAGUUAUUUUUACAUAACAAAAAAAAAAAAAGGAUGACUCAGGCAAGAUACCAAAGAUAUUAAUUAUUCUAUAAUUACUGUACAAGUCGCUGGUCAUUGCGAUGGUUAUCGGUUAUCGUUUGGAGGCGCACAAGAAUACCGGCUAAUAUUAAUCGAAUGAAUUGUUAUCAUUUGUAUAUCAUUAUCGCAAUUAUCAGUAAUCAUAAUCAAUUAUAGUGCGGUAAGAUCUACUUCCGCGAUCAAUAUAGUAAGAACCGUGUAAGGUGUAAAAGAAACCAAAAUUUACUUACGCAAAAAGCACAAAUCAGUUUAUUAUGGAAUAGGAGAUAUAUUACUUAAGUAUAACAUAAUUACCGAUAUACGUAGGUAUAGGUAUACACCUUGUUGAGGAAUUUUAAAUAAUCAUGUUAAAGAAAAAAAAAAGUAAAAAAAAACACACUAGUUGGGGGACACUUGAUUAUAAUACGACGAUGAGGCGUUGCUGAUGAACGGUGCAGCAAAGCGCAUGAUUUAUUAUACGUUUGAAAUGUUUUCGAAAGGUAGACCCCUACGAGCCAUACAUAUAAAUAUUUGGAUAUAGGUCAGCGGUUGAGGAGAUAACUUUGCUGCACCGAUUAUAAUUAUGUUUACUCACGCGUCGUUUGUCUUUAAUAUUUAACAAAGAGGCUUAUGAUCGUUAGCCGGUUCGUACGAUUAUUAUUUUUAAGGGAGUACGCUAAAUUUAAUUGAAAUAAAGUGGAUUGAAUUAACACGAGGAGGAUAAAGGAGAGGAGUAAAGAAAUAAAGAAAAAAAAAAGACAGAAAAAUAUAUAUAUAAGAGUAAAAGUAAAAACGUAAAUA